CCCAUGGCUACCUCAUCAUGAUCUUCUUCUUGAUGAUCAGAUAUCAACAGUUAUAGAAUCAUGAAUGAUAGAUUAAUGGAGUCUGUCUUCUUACUUGAAGAUGAAGAACGUUCCUUCUUUCUCCAACGCAUUGUCCAAUCAUUUCGAUGCUCCUACAUUUGCCUUUGGUCUUACUUGACCCAUCCCACAACCUCUAAUUGUUUGAUCUGCAUGGAUGGUUUCUACAAUAUUCAAGAACAAAGUGUGAAUUCAUUGGCGUAUGCUGCUUUCAAUGAAUAUCGAAAAUCAAUGUUUGUCAUUGAUCAAGAGAAUCAUCAGCAUGUUCCUGGAUUAGCUUUCAAAAAUGAACUUCCUUAUUUGGAGUUGAAAGAGUUGGACCUGCAAAGACUUGCAUCAAAUCAAACACAAUUAUACUUCUACCAGACUGUGAUGUUCAUGGGAUGCAGAAAAGGCGAGAUUGAGCUAGGCAUGCACACUCAAACUCAAGCUCUGGUAAACUUAGAAAUGGAGAUGAAGAAUUGGUUUCCAUCAGAUUUGUUUCCUUCUUCGUCUUCUUCAUCAUUGAGAUCACUCUCAAUGGACAGCCCCGACAUUAAUAUUCCUGUUGGCGAGGAGCCGAAGCUUAAUAUUGCAGCUCCUCGUCAAAACCCACUACAAUUAUCAUAUAAUUCCUCCCCGGCUGCUAUAAUCCGCCCAUUACAAUAUCCAGGGCCUGAAACCGAGCACACAGCCAUAACUGAGGCAAUUCUCGCUGUCCUUUCUUUCCCUUCUUCAUCUUCAUCUUCUUCUUCUUCUCUAGCAUUAUCAUACGGUCAGUUACCAACCCAUCAUCAAAUCAGCAGCAGAAGAAAAGCAAGUCCAAGUGCCUUCAAGUGUUACAGAUUGAAAAAUUUAACUAAUUCUACAUCGGGAAGACAGCAGCAGGAUAUGCUAAAGCGAUCAAUCAAUAUAUGUAGAACGUUGAAUCUAGCACGUAUUCAAGAACAAGUAUUGCAUGCAGGCAGAGCUCCCACAAAUUCUCAGUUGCAACAUAUGAUAUCAGAAAGGAAAAGAAGAGACAAACUCAAUCAAAGCUUUCAAACACUUAAAUCAUUACUCCCUCAUGCUGCAAAGAAAGACAAGACUUCAAUUCUUUCAACAACCAUAGAACACAUUGCUUUAUUGAAAUCACAACUUUCGGAUUUGACAAGAAGUAAUCAAGAUUUGAUGGCAAAGCUAGUGGAUAAACCACAAUCAACCUCCGACGAAAUUAGCAUCUUAACGAAUCAUGAACGAGUAGAUGUUCGUAUCUCACACAUAGCUACAUCAACGUCACAUGCACGAGUUGUGGAUUUGCAUGUGCUUUUUAGAGGAAAUAUUAGCCUCAUGGAUGCAGUGAUUUGUUUGCUUGAGUUCUUGAAACGAGUUAGAAAUGUGAAUUUGACAUCUUUGAACACGAAAAUAUUGACAGUUGAAUCACAACACAUAAGUACAAUCACGAUGAGAUUAAACAUUAGUGAUGAGGAUGGUGAAUGGGACGAGGGUUCAUUCCAAGAAGCUGUAAAGAGGUUGGUGAGUGAUCUGGCACAGUGAUUGGACAAUUUGGACCAGUGAAGACCAUACACGUGUCAUUUGGAGUUGAACUUUCUCUAGUCAACAUAAAUUGAUUUUUGAUUUUUUCUUAGUGGGGACAGUAAUCGGUGGAAGGAAAACUCUUUGAAAUUUCUGUAUAAUUAGCUUAGAAAAUAUGGACAAUGAUUUUUUUAUAAUUUAAUUUUUCGAUGUGAAAAAUUAAACAAUAUUUGUUUUGUUGAUUCAA